UGCUCCACUACAAUAAUACAAUAAAUUUAUAGACAAAAGAGAAAUUGUUCCUUGAAUGUGAUGCUUAUCCUCAAGUAUAUGCCAACAUGCCAUCACUGUGCUGUGAUGUCACACUGGCCGAAUGCUUUAGGAAUCCAUGCUUUCAUCUGCACAAACCAAACUUAGGGGAGAUUCUUCCUUUUAUUGGCUGGGUUGAUUUCAUCUUCAGCAGAGCCCUUGCCCUGGUUUCCCUGCUGAGGACAAGGGAGGGCUCAUCACUUUUACAUCAGGUUCAUCACUGGAGGGCUCACUGAAGAUUAAACAUCAAGGAAGGACGAUGUGCUGAUGUGGAACUGAAUGCACCCAAGUCUGAAAUGCCAGCACAAUGAGUUGCUAAAGGGCUUGCAAGAAGCGUUUGAGGGAAGCUCCAUGGAAAUGUGUGAGCGGAAUCCCUUAAAUCCCGGCUAUGUUGGUUCUCUGUUCAAUUUUGCUCCACCUGAGUCGCUGUAUUUCUCCAACUUGCGGGGUAAUGGAGCCCACAUACCUCGGCUGCAUCAGAUCCCUUACAAUAGGAGGGAGGUGUGCACGCUCCCGUGGACUUCGGGUUCGUGCACGUCUAGACCAGCAGCACCACCACCGCCACAAAGCCGCGCCUUUGGAGGCUACUGUCCGCCGUUUCUGUCCAACUCGGUGUCUAUAAAUACUAACUCCUCCGGCGGCCACGUCAAAGCGCACGUGGAGGAGUCGGCUCGAUACUUCCAGGACACAAGCCACAAGACAGAGGAGCCUGGCAGACAAGAUGAAGUUUACGCCGGGGAGCAUGGGGCAAUCACUGACCGCUGCUACUCGGAUCUGCACGGCCGGUCUCACACUUCCGCGGCCCAGAUAGAUGCGGAUUCAGCAGGUCCGCUGAAUGUGAACGGCACCAAACGGGAGCAAAAUCCCCUUCAGCCACCAUCGAGUAACACAUGCUCCAGGACGGCUUUUGCUGAAGGUGCCCCGUGGUGCUCGACGCAAGUGAGAACCAGAAAGAAGAGAAAGCCCUACUCGAAGCCACAGCUGGCUGAACUUGAGAAUGAAUUCAUGAUGAAUGAAUUCAUCAACAGACAGAAACGAAAAGAGCUUUCAGACAGACUGGACCUGAGCGACCAGCAAGUGAAAAUAUGGUUUCAGAACCGGAGGAUGAAGAAGAAACGACUCAUGAUGCGCGAACAAGCUUUCACCGCGUACUGAUGACCUUUGGACUUGAUCGUGACCAGCAGAGCCCAGAAUAUGUUAUGUUGUACGUGCCUGCAGCACAAAUCUCGAGCCCCUUUCGGACUGUGGCAUUGACUUGUAUUUAUAAAUAAGUGUAAAAUGUUUAUAUUCCACUCACACGAUAUUCUCCAAAAGCGCAGUGGGCCCUGACUCCUGGUGGGCCUUGGCGCCAAUAGAGAUAAGCCUGUAAGCCUAACACUUUCUCAUCCAGCACAAAAAUGUUAGGCCUAUUUAAACAAGGCUAUGGUUCUGUAUGUUUUUGUGUAUUUUGUAAGAUGGCCUGCGCAUGUAGCGUGGGCCUAACCUUGAAGCAAACAGUCAAGUUCACGUUUACGGACGGAUAAAACAUGAACUCAAGUCAUAUUGCAAAAAUAUAUUAUAACUGCAUGUCUAUUUCCUAAUUGCUAUUAUUCAGUUAAAUGUCAGGACCCACCCCUCCCCCAGUUAUCGCAAGUCUGUUGAGAUAAGCAUCGUUACAUAUUGUUGUAUAUGGCCUCGUCCACAUUCAAGGUCGGUCUGCGGAGAGGAUUUGCGCCGCAUUCAGUGGCCGAAGGUGUUUACUUCAAAUGCCUGUAAAGCAUGUGAAAGGUUCCUGUCGUGUUUAGUUAAAGCCGCCAACACAGCCGGAGCCUUAAUUCAGUACAACUGUGCUGAAUCGAGUCUGGAUUCUCAUUGUCAGACCUGGUUUUGUGAUUGCUAGAAAGAAACGUGAUUGUACUUGUCACACAGAUGGUGGUUGUAUUGGAAUCAGUCUUGCUUUGAAAAUCUAUCCUUUAUAACCAGAUACAUACCCGAUUGGUGUAUAUUUAACUUCGGAUUAGACUUAUUAAAAAAAAAAAAAAAAAAAAAAAAAAAAACAGAUUCCAGAGAGCAUGUUACAGGUGAACAUAAAAAUGUGAAUGAGACCAGCCAUGUCUUAUUCACGGACCAGAGGUCUUGUAAAGUAGACGCACC